AUGGAAUCGAAAGUUUCUGUCAAGUUUGUGAAGGUCAUUCGGGUCUUAGGCCGGACCGGAUCUCGCGGUGGAGUUACUCAAGUGCGGGUUGAAUUUAUGGACGACACUUCUCGCAGUAUAAUCCGGAAUGUAAAAGGCCCAGUCCGCGAGGAUGAUAUACUCUGCUUACUUGAGUCUGAACGUGAAGCUCGAAGACUAAGAUAA